AUGGGAGAAUGGGUGGAUGUCGCCAAGACAGGGCUGAUGAUACCUAUUGCGAGGUUCUCUGAACUUUCGCAUGCAGGCUCUACCCAUCCAAUUGAGCUUCUUGUUCAUUUCACCAUCCAGCUGAGUCUCUCAUUGUUUGUCCAAACCACGAUGAAUCCCACUGAGGAACCUUCUAAAAGCCUGCCCCAUGCGCAUGAAGAAGAGGAUGAUGACUACGACGACGACGACCUCGAUCCGAAUGACUUUCUGGUUGCUUCAGAAGUUGAACCAGACGAGGAUCACGUUAAGGCCAAGUUUGAGCUGGAUCUCGAAGAAGCACGCAAACUAUCCAAGAAGCUGCUCAGCGCUGAUUUGGAUGAAGAAGAGAAGAAGAGUCAGAGAGCAAAAUUUGUCAAUGACAGGCGGGCCGAAUGGAGUGAAAAGACAGAUGAUGAAAGGAGGAAUUUCCUUCAUUACCUGGCAGAAUACAACUACAGAACUCACAAGCCACCUGUCAGCCUGCAGUGGGUGAUGAUGCAAGCUGUUCGAAAACUGCCGGCAGUCUUAGUAUGGUCACCGGAUAACAAAGGUCGUGUUCCUCUGACCACCGCGCUUCUGAAGGUCAACAUUUCCUUCUAUUACUCAGUAUGCUUGAGAAUGAGAGAGAGAACAUACGAAGAUUACAAAGCUCUGAUGUUAAAGAAGUACGAGAAUUGGGAUGGCGGCGAUGAGACGACAUGCUUACAUGCUGCUGCUGCAUGCGUCGCUGAUGAUGGAAAGAACAGACAAGAUGCGUUUAGUAACAUGUGUCGCUUUUCACCUCGACAGAUGUUCUUUGUGAGGGAUAGCAAAGGUCGCACCCCUCUCCAUCGGGCUGUCGAUUAUGAGUAUUGUUGCAAGAGCCAAGUGGGCGUGGUCAGUGAACUUUUACGCACAUGUCACGGUCUUUUAGACAUACCAAUCCAGGACCCAGAAGACGCCAAUCGGACUAUAUCGGUAUAUCAGUAUCACCACCAUACUCGGAAGAAGGUGCUAGAGAGCCGACGCAGACAUGCUCAGGAUAUAGCCAGCCAAGAGCUCAAAUCAGGGGCCCCCAAAAAGGUUGAUCCCAGACACGAGAAGGGACUAGAUCCAAAGAAGGAUGCAAAGAGAGUAUCAGCGAGACCAGAGAAGUCCGGGCCAGAAAGGUCGAGUAUGGGUCCGCCACCGCCUAGAGAUAAGGGAGACUCAGCUUCGAAGCGCAGAGGUUCAAUCGCCUUGACACCACAAGGCGUCACUACUCCUCUUCAAUCUCCAAACUUGGCACCACUUACUCGUGUCAAGACUGAAGCAGUUCAAAAGAUCACUCGGCCAGCAGUGGCUGAUAGCCCUCUCAGCAAGGAGAAAGAGACGCAAGAGGCAGCAAACAUGAUCAGUGACCUACUGAAACUGGAGGCUUUGCGUAGACAGAGUCCAGAAAAGGCAGCUGAGAGUUUGAGGUUGCAGGAUGAGCCAGCCAAAGAGUUCUGGUUUGACUUUGGGCCGCCCAACACCCUCAGUGAGAAUGACUUUAAGAAGCAUUUCGGCCAUUUGAAGUUCGAUACAGCACUGCAGUACGUGGGAUUUCCGCAAGUUCGACUAAAGGGCAGUAGAGAACAGCCAGAUGUGAGGCAUCAAGGGAGAAAGGACAUGGUAUUUUUCUUUGACUGGUUGCGGGCAAAACCAGUAACUAGAAUCAUCAAGGUUGUUGUUGAAGAUAUGGAAAAGCCUUCGCACAGUGAUGAGGCGAUCGAGGAGUGUCUGAAGGACCUGGGUGUUGAAAUACUCGACUGGAGACGACUGGACUUGGAUGCGCUCUGCCUUCGCAAGAUUGGGACGCACCUACGCGAGAUUCACCUCCAAUGGAGUGGCAGUAACUCAACUCUCAGAGCAUGGUCUGAGAAGGAGGGUCUAGCCAUGAUACCGACGCUUGAAGGCCUUGAGUCUCGCGACAGAACUCUAGAGAACAUCAAAGCAUUUGAAGAAAGAUUACGCCAGACUUGGCCAGAGGGGAAACAUCCGCCUAAAGUAAACCCGCCCAAAACGGGAGGCGGUCGACGGGUGACCCAGAUUCAAGUCCCCGACGCUAGACCUCAGCCUCUAGAGCGAUCAAUCGAUCCACACAAGUGGAUGAAGUGCAUGGAGGACUUUUCCAGACGUUUCAGGCAGAUCAAAGCUCUCAGGGACACCAAACCAUCUCUAAAGCCAGUGGAAGUCGCCCUGAUCGAUGAUGGCGUCGAUUUCAUGCAUCCUGAUCUCAACGACACUAGAGAUCGCACCUUUUUGGGCAAAAGCUUUGACUAUCGUGAUGAACGUCCAACACCACGUGUGCCGCCGUACUGGAGCUCGCCUUCAGGACACGGGACAUUGAUGGCCAGGCUGAUUCAUAAGAUUUGUCCCAGCGCUGUCAUCCAUGUCAUCAAGCUUCAGACAUUCCGAGCAGGGAACUCGGAUAAACUUCAGAUCAGAACGGAUAGCGCAGUAAAGGCUAUUGAUUACGCCGCAGAGAGAGGGUCUCAAAUUAUCUGCAUGUCGUGGACUAUCAAGCCACCGGAAGGAGAGUUGAAGGGCGAGUUCAACAGGGCGAUUCUCAACGCCAUCGACAAACAUCGUAUCCUCAUAUUCUGCGCCGCCAGCGACCAAGGACAGUCCGCGGACCUCAGCUACCCACAUGGAAGCAGCAAUCAAUGCUUCAGAAUCGGCGCGGCCAAGGCAACAGGAAACAUACUCGAAACAGUCGGCGAUUCCCAUAACAUAGACUUUAUCCUCCCCGGCCACGAAGUUGUCGUCGACACCAAUGAAAUGAAAACUCAGCUGGAGAAGUUCGAAGCCCACUCGGGUAGUUCUGUGGCCAACGGCCUAGCCACAGGCCUAGCUGCUCUUGUCAUCGAGUGUGUGAGGCUAGGUGCCAUAUACACCAGAGAGUUGAAGCGACUUGAGCCCAAGGUUGCCUUCGACUACUAUCAUAGCUCUAUCGAUGAGGAGGAUUUGAAGAACAUACAGGAGCGCGCACAGAUGGCAUAUGCGCUGAAUUGGAUAGGCACCGAUUCGAACACGAAUAACAAAUACAUCGAGGUUUGGAAGACGUUUAGUGGACUUUCAGAAAAGCUGUCGCGGAGUGAGGGUGUUCCACUUCAACAGCUGGAACAGGUUGCGAAGCUCGCUGCAUUCUUCCUGAAGAAGGGGAUGCAGUAG